AUGCGUGCUGAUUUAUGCGCACACGCUAUGGGAGAGUUGCUCCGGAAGCUAGAGGAGGAUGGCUUGGAUGUUCCUUCUCAGCAAAGCGGCUUGACCACCAACACGACUUUGAGGGAGGGUGCGACGGAAGGACGUGAGAAAGAAGAACAUCGUAUAGACCAGCUCGAGGCGGAGCAGGCAGCUGCGGUUUCACUAGUCCAGCCAUCCUAUUCGGUGUACGGGAUGGCGCAGAGCGGUGCGGGCGCACACCCCGGCUUCAUAGCUGUACCUAAGCAGAAGACAUUGGCGGGAGGAGAGGAUUCGGAGGAAGAUGGAGAGGGCGAGAACGAGCCAGGAACAAAGCCGACCAAGUACACAGGGGUCUAUGUGGAGGCCGAUACAGGCAAGUAUGGGGUGAAGGUCGUCGCAAAGGACAAGGAGGGGAAGAAGAUAACGAAGAGAGUCGGCGCGUACACCACGAUAGAGGAGGCAGCGUAUUGCUACGCGGCAGCUGCCCACGUGCUGAGGCCUGGUAAAGGCACCCGGAACUUUGUGGCUUUAACACCGGCUGAUAAGGCAGCUUUGAAGGGGUGCACUCCCGAAAUCCUGAAAGUCAUGGUGGAUGCCCGCAUGUGGUGGCGCUGGAGGGUAUGGAGGGAGAAUUACGAAGGUCUGAUGCGGAAGGCAGCGCGCACAAAGAAGAAUGCAACGCGUGCAAAGAGGGGGAGACCCCGCAAGGGGAGUGGUGAUCAGGGUGGGGGCACGGCAGGGGAGGGUGAAGGCGAGAAGGCUGGCAGUGAGGACACCGUAAUCGUUGCCCGCGAAGCAGAAAACAGCAGGGCGCGUAAGAUGGCCCGCGGUGCAGAGGCAAAGUCCUUCGAGGACAAGACAGAUGAAACUGGUCGUGGGAGGCAGAAGGAUGGUGCUUGGGAUAUCAGUGGGAAACGAGAGUGGAUCAUGGGUUAG